AUGGCUGCCUCGCGCGCUGCGCCCCCGCGCCGCCGGCCCCGGCUCCUGCUGCAGCUGCUGCCGCUGCUACUGUUGCCUGCGCCAAGCGACGGUCUUGGCCACUCUGCUGAACUGGCAUUUGCCGUGGAGCCGAGCGAUGACGUUGCAGUCCCUGGGCAGCCCGUGAUGCUGGGCUGCAAGGUGGAGGGGACCCCUCCAGUGCGAAUCACCUGGAGGAAGAAUGGGGUGGAGCUGGCGGACAGUACCCACUCCACUGUGCUGGCUAAUGGGUCCUUGAUGAUCCGCCACUUCCUGCUGGAUGGAGGAGGCGGCCCUUCAGAUGAGGGGGACUAUGAGUGCGUGGCCCAGAACCGCUUUGGGCUGGUGGUCAGUCGGAAGGCUCGAAUCCAGGCUGCAACCAUGUCAGACUUCCACGUGCAUCCUCAGGCCACCGUGGGCGAGGAGGGCGGUGUGGCCCGCUUCCAGUGCCAAAUCCACGGGCUCCCCAAACCCCUCAUCACCUGGGAGAAGAACAGGGUCCCCAUUGACACGGACAAUGAGAGGUACACGCUGCUGCCCAAGGGAGUCCUGCAGAUCACAGGCCUUCGAGCUGAGGACAGCGGCGUCUUCCACUGUGUGGCCUCCAACAUCGCCAGUGUCCGGGUCAGCCACGGGGCCAGGCUCACCGUGACAGGCUCGGGCUCUGGGGCCUACAAGGAGCCUGCGAUCCUCGUGGGGCCUGAGAACCUCACCCUGACUGUGCAUCAGACCGCGGUGCUGGAGUGUGUCGCCACGGGCAACCCGCGCCCCAUCGUGUCCUGGAGCCGCCUGGAUGGCCGCCCCAUUGGGGUGGAGGGCAUCCAGGUGCUGGGCACAGGGAACCUCAUCAUCUCAGACGUAACUGUACAGCACUCAGGGGUCUAUGUCUGCGCAGCCAACAGGCCCGGCACCCGGGUGAGGAGAACAGCCCAGGGCCGGCUGGUGGUGCAAGCCCCGGCAGAGUUUGUCCAGCACCCCCAGUCCAUCUCCAGGCCGGCUGGAACCACAGCCAUGUUCACCUGCCAAGCCCAGGGCGAGCCACCUCCUCACGUGACGUGGUUGAAGAAUGGACAGGUGCUGGGGCCCGGAGGCCACGUCAGGCUCAAGAAUAACAACAGCACCCUGACCAUUUCGGGAAUCGGCCCGGAAGAUGAGGCCAUUUACCAGUGCGUGGCCGAGAACAGCGCCGGCUCCUCCCAAGCCAGCGCCAGGCUGACCGUGCUGUGGGCCGAGGGGCUGCCCGGGCCCCCGCUCAACGUGCGGGCGGUCCCCGUGUCGUCCACCGAGGUCCGCGUGUCCUGGACCGAGCCCCUGGUGAACACCAGGGAGAUCAUCGGCUACGUCCUGCACAUCAGGAAGGCGGCCGACCCGCCGGAGCUGGAGUACCAGGAAGCAGUUAGCAAGAGCACCUUCCAGCAUCUGGUGAGCGACCUGGAGCCUUCCACUGCCUACAGCUUCUACAUCAAAGCCUACACGCCCCGGGGAGCCAGCUCAGCCUCCGCCCCCACCCUGGCCAGCACUCUAGGCGAAGCCCCCGCCCCACCGCCACUGUCUGCGCGGGUGCUGGGCAGCUCCACCCUGCAGCUGCUGUGGGAGCCCUGGCCCCGGCUGGCCCAGCACGAGGGCGGCUUCAAGCUGUUUUACCGCCCAGCAAGCAAGGCCGCCUUCACUGGCCCCAUCCUGCUGCCGGGAACUGUCUCCUCCUACAACCUCAGCCAGCUCGACCCCACUGCAGUGUACGAGGUGAAGCUGCUCGCCUACAACCAGCAUGGGGACGGCAAUGCUACAGUCCGCUUCAUGUCUCUGAGGGGAGCAGCUGAGAGGACAGCUCUGAGCCCACCAUGUGACUGUCGGAAGGAGGAGGCCACCAACCAGACGUCCACCACGGGCAUCGUCAUCGGCAUCCACAUCGGGGUCACCUGCAUCAUCUUCUGUGUCCUCUUCCUCUUAUUUGGCCAAAGGGGCAGGGUCCUCUUGUGCAAGGAUGUGGAAAACCAGCUCUCCCCUCCUCAGGGCCCCCGGAGCCAGAGGGACCCUGGCAUCCUAGCACCGAAUGGGGUGGGACGGGCAGAGCGGGGCCUGCUGGGCCGAGACGGGAAACGUGUGGACAUGAAGGAACUGGAGCAGCUGUUCCCCCGAGCAGGGGCUGUGCAGCCUCACCCCAGACCCACGGACCCCGAGGCCCCUGCCCUGUGUGAGGUGACCCAGCUCUCCAUGCUGCCGCUUCGGGGGCUCAGCCUCCUGGAGGAGAUGCCGUCGGAGGCCCUGCCACCCCAGGACGUAGGCCCCGGCCUCCAGAGUGAAGGACCGGCUGCCCAGCCAGCUUCCUCGGGACUGUAGCUGGUGUCCGGCCGGCUCUGCAGGGAGCAGCCCCCCAUUCUCAGGUCAAAGGCAAGAUUUCUCCUGUCAUGUGGGAUUCAGGUAGGGGCUUCCCAGGUGCUUCUGUCCUGACUGAUCCUCCGAUUCUCAAGACCUACAGUAGCCUCAGCAAGAACCCCUCCAAGGACCCAGAGGGGUUCCUGCAGGAGCCCUGCCAAGGGCCCCCUUCACCUCUGUUUGUACCCACAUGACUUGGAACUGAAGUAAUGUUUUCCUUUAAAAAAAAAAAAAAAAAAAAAGAACAAACUUAAAAAAAAAAAGAGCGAGAGAGAAAGAGAAGAGAGAAGAAGGUGAAUUAGACUCCAAAAAUAAGCCCCUGCUGUGGCUGGGCGCCUGACACUGUCACCCUCCACGACCUUGUUUUCUCAGGAUGGAGUUUUGCUGUUUUGACUUUCAGCACCUACCUCAGCCGGAAUGAAUGUCCUCGGGGGAGUAGAACCCCGAAUGCACUCCUACCUCAAGCCCCUUUAGGGGGCAGCCCUUCCCCCUCCCUACAUUAUUGCCCAGAGUUUAAAAAAAAGAAAAAAGGAAAAAACAAAAAAGCACUUCCCCAUUUCCAAGUGUGAAAGAAAAUGUCUACCUCGAAGUUUGCUGGCUCUCAGGCCUGUGUUGUAUCACUGGACCGUCCCUCCUGGCUCCUCACCAAGGGUGGGCCUCUUGGGGCCUGCAGAAAUAAAGAUGGAAUUGGUCAAAGAAAAUGUGAAAAAAAAAAAAAAAGCCAAAAAUAAGAGGAAAAUUUGUUCCUGGGAGUAUAAAUCGUUGCUCCAGACUAGCCGCUUCUCAGCACACGACUGGUGCUGCGUCUCGUCGGCCUGCCCACUCCCAUUUUGACCCGCUCAGCCAACUCAUCCUCGACUGGGACCCCAAGGACCCUCUGUGUACCUGGGCCUUGGGAGGGUGGGCCAUCAGCCCGCGGCCCGCCUGCCCGCUGUCCUGCCCACAGCCGCUGGAGCAGACUGGCCCCUGGAAUGUACUGUGUGUGCUGGCUGUGUGCAUGUUGGGGGGGUGUCCCCAGCCCUCUGUCGCCUGGGACAGCCAGCCUGACCCACCCCCCGGGCAGUGGCACAAUCACUGUCAGCAGAUACGGCCGGAAACUAUUUUUAUACGAGGUGUGUUUAAGGAUUUAUGUUCUUGUGAUUUCUUGUUUUUCUUUUCUGUUGUGUUCUUCGAAAGACUUAGUUAAAGAUGGAGAAAAAAGGAAAAGGAAACAAAUACGUAUUUUUUGUUACACGCAAACAUUUUUUUAAAUAGCAGAAAGAAAACUUUUGUUUGGAGGAAAAAAAAAAAACUGUAUUCCUUAAGUAUGAGAUUAGACCAUAAAGUCCCUGACUCCCAACCCUCUAGGGACUCCCCACCCCAAACUUUAGUGAAUUAGCUGGAGGAAGUACACUUGGUGGUGUGUUCCUGAAAGACUGAAGUCCCGUCCAUGUGGGUUUGGAGAAGGGCAUUGUCCAGGGUGCCUCAGCCCUCCCAGGCGAUGCCCCUUGGUCCCUGCGGCAUCGCCUCCACACCCCCUUCCUCCUGGAACCCCCUCUCCUAGGGAAGGGUGGGCAUG